GCCAAGACCCACCAAGCGCCGCCAAAAGACGGGUGCCUCUACUGCAAGGGGCCCCACCUUGUUCGCUUUUGUCCAACUGCUACGGAGGAGCAGAAGCAGCAGUGCUACCAGCGUCUGCGUGAAUCGAAGGUGGCCAAGGUCAAGGCUGCUCGUGUUCGGCGUAUCCCUGGUCACCACCAAGUGGUGGUCAACGACUUGGUGGAGUUGCCGUAUCGGGCGGACACAGGCUCCGAGGUCAAUGUGCUGUCAGCCAGUGCUGUUCGGGACCUCGCGGCAUGUGGAUCGCCGGUGGUCACCACUGCGAUGGAGAUGCCAGUG